AUGCUCUCGCUUGUGCAGCCGCAACUGACGGCUUUGGACAUAUGGGCCCUUGGCAUCACAAUUGUCAUUGGCGGCCAGUACUUUUCGUGGAACGCUGGCCUCGUCGCCGGCUUUUACAGCUACUUUGGCGCGCUGCUGCUCAUGUCAACCGCGUACAUCACCAUGGUGCUCUGCCUCGCCGAGGCGUCGAGCAUGCUGCCGUUCGCUGGUGGCGCGUACGGUCUCUCGCGCUGCUCGCUCGGGUUCUACCUCGGAUUUAUGAUUGGCUGCUGCGAAGCGCUCGAGUAUUUGGCGUACGUGGCAUCGUCCGUGCUCAUGAUGGGACAGAUGCUCGUCAUCAUCUCUCCGUCGCUCAAAGGGUACGAGCCGAUCAUCUGGCUCUGCGUCUACGCCUUAGCCAUCGCCGUGCAUCUCCAUGGUGGCGCCACAUUUUGGUUUGCCAACCGAGUUCUUGCCGCUGUCUCGCUGGCUGUGAGUCUAGUCUAUAUUCUCGGAGGUCUCUUUCUCAUCGAUGGCGACAUCAACGCAACGUCGCCGCUACUGUACGCCUUUAGCUUUUCAGAGGUGCUGGGCGCCCUCCCGCUCACAGCCUGGAUGUUUGUCGGUAUCGAGUCACUCAAUAUGGCCAGCGACGAAGUGCUGGAGCCCAAGACGGUGAUUCCGAGAGGGCAGAUUGCUUGCGUCGUGACGUUGGCGGCGACAGGUCUCGCAACCUAUCUCGUGUCGGCCUUUGUGCCGCCCGGGCUGGAUUCGCUCGCUGUCGCGGUCGUGCCCUUGAACGAAGGGUUUCGACGGCUCUUUGGUCUCUCGGAAGCCACGGCCUGUCUGCUCUCGCUUCCAGCCACAUAUGCGACGAUUUCCGGCUUUAUCUUUCUGACCGGGUGCAGCCUCAGCUACAUGGUCUGCCUCGCAGCGUACUUUGUACCGAGUGUCAACACCCACUUGUUUUCCGUGUGCAUGCUGAGCAGCUUUUGCGCCUACAGCGCGCAGUGCUAUGGGUAUAUCUAUCUUCGUCGACGCUUUCAUCACCUCGAGCGGACGUUUACGAGCCCUCUUGGGGUGCCCGGCGCCGUCUUUGCUUUUUGCGUCUGGCAGCUCAACAUCCUUUCGAUUCUUGGGUUCCAGACAUCACCCGGCGUCGCGUUUGGCGCCUUUGCCGUUCUCUGGUGUCUCCUCACCAUCUACUACUACGCCUAUGCCAAGCACCGCCAAACCAUCUCGGACGACGAGCGCAAGAUCUUAUUUGUUGCACACGUGGCCAACUACAAUGCGUCGCGCGCGACGCAGAUCAAGUCGGGCAAUACAAGCAAACUCAAAAAGUCGGGCCACUCGAGUCGUCGGUUGCUAGGACGGGGUGGCGCCGUCAAGUACCAAAUCAAAGCCUCGAAUCAAACCAACACGCUUACAACGAUAUGCACAGACCACUAA